UCAUUUCCAUCUUUUAGAGUCAACAUGAAGACCAUGUUUUUAAUAGUAGUCCUAAUACUAUCAGCUCUCAGUGAAUCAAUGGCUGGUGAUCCUGAUAUUCUCUCUGACUUUAUUGUCCCCGAAGACAAUACAACGGUAGAUGGGAACUUUUUCACAUAUAUAGGCAUGCGGGUGUUACUAGAUGCCCCAGAGGCUAAAACUUUCAAGGUUUUAAAAGCAAGCAUGGCCGAAUUCCCGGCUCUAAAUGGUCAAAGUGUGUCGUAUGCGGUUCUUGAUUUCCCACCUGGUUCGGUGAACCCGCCCCAUACACACCCACGAGCGUCUGAACUUUUGUUCCUUGUUGAUGGCACUUUAGAAGUUGGGUUCGUUGAUACAACUAAUAAACUUUUCACACAGACCCUUAAAACGGGUGAUAUGUUUGUGUUCCCAAAGGGACUUAUUCAUUUUCAGUACAAUGGUGAUAAAAAGAAUGAAGCACUGGCUGUUUCCGCGUUUGGCAGUGCUAAUGCAGGAACGGUUUCAGUUCCGAAUUCGGUUUUUAAUACUACUAUUGAUGAUGGGGUAUUGGCUUUGUCUUUUAAAACAGAUGUUUACACUAUUCAGAAAAUAAAGGCUGGGCUUGCUGGCAAGAGUUGAGUUGCAGAUGGGAUUUCUUUGUUGAAAGAUGAUGAUGGUUUUUUUGUAUAAUUCUUGAAUAAAUGGGAAGAAGAUCUUUCUGCCUUUUGUUAGCUAUUGGUUGAAUACAGAUUUAAAUCAUGUUUCUGCUGAGAUAAAGAAAAUAUAAUAUUUCUGCUGAUACAA